AUGUCUGGGUUUUAUGAGAACCAGGAGAUUGUUCUCCCCACGUUUAGAUCAGUCGAAGACUCCGAUGUCCACCCACUUGACGUGGGAAACACCAUGAAGCAAUAUCUGGAGGCCACGGCUCCAUUUCGACAGUCUGAUUACUUAUUUGUCCUUUCACAGAAGAAUAAGAGAAUGUGGGCCUCACCUAGGUCCAUUGCUGCUUGGAUCAUUCAGGCCAUCCAGUGGGCUUACAAAGAGAAGGGCUUGGCACCUCCGGAGGCAGUGACUGCGCACUCAACCAGAAGUGUCAAUACAUCCUGGGAAGCCUUUACAGCAUGUUGCUCUCGAGGAUCAUCAUCACAGAAAAGAAACGGAUAUUUCAAAAUGUACAGUAACCACACUUUAGUAAAAAGUUUUAUUCUCUUAGGUUUCUCUCUUGACAGAAGCACUCAGUUGUUUUUAUUUGUCUUUUUUCUAAGUAUUUACUCUAUGACUUUAAUGUCCAACCUGCUAAUAAUAACCCUGGUGACAUUCCAGAGAUCACUUCACAAACCAAUGUAUUUUUUCAUUGGAAAUUUCUCUUUCCUUGAAGUGUGGUACACAACAGUUACUGUCCCCAAAAUGCUAACAGGCUUAGGCACGGGAAAUAAAACUAUCUCCACCAGGGACUGCAUUUCCCAGUUCUACUUUCUGUUCUUCCUCGGAGCCACACAACAUUUUCUAUUGACCAUAAUGGCCUAUGAUCGAUUCUUGGCCAUCUGUUACCCACUACGUUACACCACCUUAAUGAGUAGAUCUAUCUGUGGAAAACUUGCAGCUAUGUCUUGGUUUGCUGGCUGCUUAUCCAUCUCUCUGCCCGCUGUUAUGAUGACACGGUUAGUGUUCUGUGGUCCAAACACAAUAGACCAUUUCUUCUGUGACUUCAGUCCUCUACUUCAGUUGUCCUGUACAGACACUUGGCUGAAUGAGAUAAUCUUUUCUGCAGUAGCUUGGGCGGUUAUUCUUGGAUGUUUCACCUUCACAUGUAUGUCCUAUGUUUCUGUGAUCAUUACUAUCUUAAGGAUACCAUCUUCUCUUGGCCGCCAAAAGGCAUUUUCCACUUGUGCAUCUCAUCUUGCCGUUGUUGGCAUAUUUUUUGGGACAGUUAUUUUUAUGUAUAUACGUCCAAAAGCAAAAAAAUCUUCCCCAGUUGACAAAGUAGUGUCUGUAUUUUAUUCUGUUAUUGUUCCCCUUCUCAACCCUAUGAUCUACAGCCUGCGAAACAAAGAAAUUAAAAAUGCACUGGUUAGAGCUAUAUCCAAGUUAAAAGGAAUAUAACUGCCAUAUGCCAUUUUUUACAUGAAA